ACCGAAAAGCACUUGUUGCGCGCCGCGUCUAUUCGAAUCGAAUUCGAAACGUCGACCUGGGAUUGGUCGAGGUGUCUCGCCGGCGGUUUGGCGUUGUCUUCGAGGCCGUUUUUCCAACGGCCAGCACCACCCGUCUCUCCAAAGUGUACCCACUGUAACCGGGCCGGCAUUCGCGACUCGAUUUUGCCUGGUGAUUUAGUACGAAUUUUGCUAACGGGGUUUCAGAGCAAGUCAGAGGAGAGGUGUGUUUUCGAUUGUAUUCCGGAAUUUUGGAAGGUUCGGAUCGGCGUUUGUGCGAGUGUCUUUUGUUUUCGUGCUGAAGGGACGACCGCUGAGAAGAUGGUGUCCAGCAAGCUAAUGAACGUCAGGGUGACUACAAUGGACGCGGAGCUGGAGUUCGCUAUCCAGCAGACGACGUCCGGGAAACAGCUCUUCGACCAGGUGGUCAAGACCAUCGGUCUCAGGGAGGUCUGGUUCUUCGGUCUACAAUAUACAGACUCGAAGGGUGACCUCACCUGGGUCAAGCUCUACAGAAAGGUUAUGAGCCAAGACGUCAAGAAAGAGAAUCCCCUCCAGUUCAAAUUCCGCGCCAAAUUCUACCCCGAAGACGUCGCCGAAGAACUCAUCCAGGAUAUUACCUUGAGGCUGUUCUAUCUCCAAGUAAAGAACGCCAUCUUGUCGGACGAAAUAUACUGUCCUCCCGAAACUUCCGUCCUACUGGCGUCGUAUGCGGUGCAAGCCAGACAUGGCGACUAUCAAAAAGGGAUGCACAAUGCUGGGUUCUUGGCCAACGAUAGGCUGCUUCCCCAGAGAGUUAUGGAUCAACACAAGAUGUCCAAAGAGGAGUGGGAGAACAGCAUAAUGACGUGGUGGAAGGAACACAGGGGGAUGCUCCGCGAGGACGCCAUGAUGGAGUACUUAAAGAUCGCCCAGGACCUCGAGAUGUACGGCGUGAACUACUUCGAAAUCCGCAACAAGAAAGGUACUGAGCUGUACCUCGGCGUCGACGCCCUGGGACUCAAUAUUUAUGAAAAAGACGACCAGCUAACCCCGAAAAUCGGUUUCCCGUGGUCCGAGAUCCGAAACAUCUCCUUCAACGACCGCAAAUUCAUCAUCAAACCGAUCGACAAGAAAGCGCCUGACUUUGUGUUCUUCGCGCCACGCGUCCGGAUCAACAAGAGAAUCCUCGCGCUCUGCAUGGGCAACCACGAGUUGUACAUGCGGCGUAGGAAGCCGGACACCAUCGACGUUCAGCAGAUGAAGGCCCAAGCCAGGGAGGAGAAACUGGCCAAGCAACAGCAGAGGGAGAAGCUGCAGUUCGAGAUCGCAGCUCGCGAGAGGGCCGAGAAGAAGCAGCAGGAGUACGAGGACAGGAUUAAAGCCAUGCAGGAGGAGAUGGAGAGAAGCCAGGCGAACCUGCAAGAGGCGCAGGAGAUGAUCAGAAGGCUGGAGGAGCAACUCAAACAGCUCCAGGCCGCCAAGGAGGAGCUGGAGAAGAGGCAGAACGAAUUACAGGCCAUGAUGGAGCGCCUGGAGGAAAGCAAAAACAUGGAGGCUGCCGAACGUCAGAAACUGGAGGACGAGAUCAGGGCCAAGCAGAUGGAGGUGCAACGCAUCCAGGAAGAGGUCGAGGCCAAGGAUAACGAGACUAAGCGGCUCCAGGAUGAGGUCGAGGCGGCCCGCCGCAAGGAGGAGGAGCUCAAACAGCAGCAGAUCGCCAACGCCACCAAGGGGCACCUGGAGGAGAACGACCACAAUGAGGACGACGAGCUGGUGAACGGCGACGUCAGCAAGGAUCUUAGCACUGACGAGAACAUCGUGGAUCCCAUCGAGGACAGACGUACCCUCGCUGAGCGCAACGAGCGUCUGCAGGAUCAGCUCCAGGCCUUGAAGAAGGAUUUGGCCCAGUCCCGCGACGAGACCAAGGAAACGGCCAUGGAUAAGAUCCACAGGGAGAACGUCCGCCAGGGGAGGGACAAGUACAAGACCCUCCGCGAGAUCCGCAAGGGCAACACCAAACGUCGCGUGGACCAAUUCGAGAACAUGUAAACCGUGUCAAUUAUCUUUGUCAAAUCAUAAUUGUAAUCGUUAGCGAUUCGAUUGUCCCGCCGCGGUGCCGCCGAGUAACGGCGGUGCCGCGCAGCGCUAAGUCCAGUCGGCAGGGGGUAUCCGUCGAAAAAUUGGCGGGUCCUAUAAAGUUUUCUUUGUUUUUUUUUGCAGCCGAAGCUUGUUUUCUUAGGUUUUUUUUAGCGGUUUCUCGAGGGGUAAGUCCUGACGAUUGGACGGAAAUAACCUCUAAAUGCUCAAUAUGAGAAAUUCAUAUCCAUUAAAAUUUAACUUUUGGUUCUUACUUAAGCGUUAAGUAUUAAUUUUCGGGCGACGAGGUGCUGAGCUUUCUCGCUCGUUUAAGUGGCCUUAGAAUUUAUUUGGCUUUGUUAGUUUAUGGCUUUUUAUAUAUGUAUUUUUUAACUUGUUAUAAAUUUGUUUCCUUGUUAGUUUUUAUUGUGAUACUAUGCAAUUGAAAAGCUAACGCCUCAGAUCUGUCGGUUAUGAAAUACUUUGUUUUUUUUUUAUCGAUCUUGAAUUCAGUUUGUUUUUAACAAGAACGCAUUCCAAUUACUGGUUAGUUUUCCGUUUCGAUUGUAGUGCCAUUUGGUUAACGGGCUAUAUAGAAAAAUUCGUUAAGGUAGUACUCUCAAAAUUACGUUUAUUAUAAUUAUUUAUUAAAGUAUCAACGAUACAUAAUCGCAAUAAGGUGAAUAUUUUAUUUUUUACACUGCUCCCUCAGAACACGGCCUGGUGCUUCCUGUAACUCGGUUUUUGUACGCAAACGUCGGAUUUUGAAUUUUUUCCAUUUGUUCCAUUUUAAACAUCUCGUUAACUGGAAAGCGACUAACGUUUGUGCAGAAAGACUAUUUCAUGUGUAAAUAACGGUUCAACAAGUUUUUUAUUCAAAGUUACGAAGACGCCACCAUUAUUUUUCUAAAAAUUCCUUAAAUUUCACGUCCGUUUCUUUGUAACUUUGAAGGUUGUGUAUAUAAAAAUCUAUACCAUGUUGCCUUUUUUUAGAGUAGGUAAUUUUGGAUGAUAUUUUACACGUAGUAUUUGUAAUUUUUAAUUAUAUAAACUAUACAAUAACGUCUUGGUUAAGGAUUCCAUUUUUUUUGCAAAUGGCGAGCGAACAGCGAUUUUUGCCUUGAACGAUGAUUCUUUAUUAAUUUUAACCAAACAGCGGUAUUUUUUCUCGAGGAGUUGCAUUUAUUUGAAAUUUGAAAUGUAAUCGAAGUUUUAAGGUCGCGAAAGCUUUUUUACAGUUUUUUAUACUCUUGGGGUGUUUCAUUUUUGUCGGCUUGAUUCGAGCCGAGUAAUUUGCCCGCAGCAUAUUUAUCCUUUGACCAUUUGUAUAUUCUACUUAAACUACUCCUAUAUUUCUCUAAUAUCGUAUUCUAAGUAGUUAUCAGUUAUGUACUGUUAGGGUAAUUAAUAAAUAUUAUUUGGAACA